AUGCAGGACACUAUUGGAAGCGCCAAGUCUCAGCAGUUCACCGGAACAAUCGGAAGUCGCGACGAGGCCUCAUUCAGAUUUGAUGAUGGCACCGUGAUCAAGGGACCUCUUGAUAUUCCGGUAAACCCUGCUUCUCAUGUUAGCGGUACGGGAUUUUGGGCCCAGGGGUAA